AUGUACACCUUUAACUGCUACUUGUAUAAACUCUCAAUUUCUUCAUUUUCAGCAAUCUAUAAAAACCGAACAUUUUCUCUCUCUCUCUCUCUCUCUCUCUCUCUCUCUCUCUCUCUCUCUCUCUAUCUAUCUAUCUAUUCAAAUCUUUCUCUAGAUAGCUAUCAUAUUCUGUUCUUAUCUAUCUAUCUAUCUAUCUAUCUAUCUAUCUAUCUAUCUAUCUGUCUAUCUGUCUGUUUCUCUAUUGUCUUGUCUAGUUAUCUCAAUCUUUUAAUAUCUUUGUUCACAUCUAAUUACCAUUCUCCAUUUGUUCAUAUCUGGCAAUCUACCAAAAAUGGAACACUAUCUAUCUAUCUAUCUAUCUAUCUAUCUAUCUAUCUAUCUAUCUGUCUGUCUGUUUCUCUAUUUUCUUGUCUACUAAUUAACAUUCUCCAUUUGUUCAUAUCUGGCAAUCUACAAAAAUGGAACACUAUCUAUCUAUCUAUCUAUCUAUCUAUCUAUCUAUCUAUCUAUCUAUCUAUCUAUCUAAGGCUAGUUUGUUUAUACUUUAUCUACAUCUAUCUAUCUAUCUAUCUAUCUAUCUAUCUAUCUAUCUAUGUAACCCUGUUCCUUCAUAUCUAUCUAUCUAUCUAUCUAUCUAUCUAUCUAUCUAUCUAUGAAAUCCUGUUCCUAUCUAUAUCUAUCUAUCUAUGUAAUCAUGUUCUAUCUAUCUAUCUAUCUAUCUAUCUAUCUAUCUAUCUAUCUAUCUAUGUAAUCCUGUUCCUAUCUAUCUAUCUAUCUAUCUAUCUAUCUAUCUAUCUAUCUAUGUAA